AUGAAGGCACUGGUUAUUGAGGAGGGACAUCGCGCCGUGGUAAAAGACCAUCCCGUCCCCGCUGUCGGCAAUGACGAUAUCCUCCUCAAGACAACCUCUGUGGCUCAGAAUCCUACCGACUGGAAGCAUGUGGAUACCCGCGGUAUACCCGGCACAAUCGUAGGCUGCGACUUCUCCGGAUACGUCGUGAAGGCCGGACAGAACGUCACGAGCCCGAAGGUCGGUGACCACGUUGCAGGUUUUCUUCAUGGCAGCGCGUUCCCCGACGAGGGCGCGUUCGCCGAGUAUGUGAAAACUCCCGGUGAUCUCGUCUGGGUAGUCCCGGAGAACACGCUCUCCCACGACGAGGCGGCCACCCUUGGCUGCGCCUUCUGGACAGCGGCGCAGGCGUUGUUCCACGAGAAGCGCCUCGCUAUCGUCGAGCCUCCCGCCAAGGCGUCCGGGGACGAAUGGAUUUUCAUCUAUGGCGGAAGCUCUGCUGUCGGACACUUUGCCAUCCAGCUCGCCCACCUGGCGGGCUACAAGGUCGUCACGACCGCGUCCCCACGCAACUUUGAGCUCGCCAAAUCCCUCGGUGCGGAUGCUGUGUUUGACUACCGCGAUGCAGAUGUCGUGGCGAAGAUUAAGCAGACCACCGGCGACUCCGUCACAAAGGCACUCGAUGCAAUCUCCCUCAAGGAAUCACAACGCAUCAGCGCGGAAGUCAUCGCGCCCACAGGCGGUAAAGUCGUGCUAGUGUUGGGACCUGAAGCUGGUGCAACCGAUCGCAAGGAUGUUCAGUUCAUUCUGACCCUGAUCUACACGUCGCUCGGACGCGAAUUCGGCUUCGGACCGGGCAGCCACUACCCCGUUUCAUCGGAGGAUCGUGCACAGAUGGUCGAGUUCCUAAAGAAGGUACCGCAGAUUGUGAAGGAUGGCGCAGUGAAGCCGCCAGCGAUCAAGCUCUGGGAAGGGGGUCUUGGGGCUAUUAUCGACGGGCUGCAGUACAUGCGUGAAGGAAAGGUUAGCGCGGAGAAGAUUGUCUACCGCGUGUAA